CGAACCGAGAAUAACGCGCAACCCUAACACGCGCCCGCGCAACUUAAUAAUAAUAAUAAUAUGAAUAUUAUUAUAUUUAGCAAUUACUAACAUUUACAAUUAAUAAUCAUUUUUACGCGAUUUACCUAAUCGAUUCCGAUUAAAAUCAAUUAUUUAACAACCCCCACCCUUACCUUCACCCUCAUUCCCCAUCCCAUCAUUAGCUCCCCCCUCCCUCCUACCCUCUCCCCCCAUCGCUUUAAUAUUAUCGCGAAAUUUUGGGUUAAUUUCAUUUUGACUAUGUGAAUUAUAUUUUCACAAGAAGAAUAUAAGAAGGAAGGAAAAGAAACGAAUAAAAAAAAAACGUCUAACCGACGAGUUGAUUCUUAAACAUUCGGAUUUGUUUUUUUUCCCCAUCGAUAAUAAUCGUAAAUUCGAAACAAAAAGAGAGAGAGAAAAAAGAAAAGAAGAAGAAGAAGAAAGGGGUGACUUUUGUUUUCCCGCGCUUUUUUUUCCUAUAGUCGGUUCACGCACAUUUUUGUUCGACUUUCUGUCGCAACGUUUAUUUGGAUCUUUCGUGGGAUAUGCUUUUUUUAGUUCUUUUUUUUUCAUUUAAGUAAUAUUUAAAUUAAAGGGGAGGAGGAAAAAAAAGAAGGAGGAGAUACGAAGAAGAGGAAUAUCUUAAAUCGCUAAGAAAUAAAAAUGGAUAUUUUAGUUUAUUUCCAAUCACCGUAAACGUGUGUCAGUUAAACGAGUUGAUAAGCAGAAGAAAGAAGAAAAAAGAAGACAAGAAGGAAGGAAGGAAGGAAGAGGGGACAAAGAAAAAAGUCGGUAAUGAUCCGGCCUAUAGGAUUAUCCGCAAAAUUCCAAUUGGGGGAUAAAAAGGCAGGUUUGAUCGAAGAAGAAGAAAAAGAAGAAAAAGAAAAAGCAGAAGAAGAGACCUUGAUCGAUGUUUCUCAGUGUCCUCCUAACAUUUAUCCAUUAUUACGGUUAAAUCGUGUGGACAAAAUUAAAGGAAAAUUAACAAAUAGAAUAAGAGUGGUCUCUCGUGGGAAUCUAAAUUGCACGAGGAGGAAAAAUUCGAAAAGAAAAAAGUACGAUCUGUUAGUAGAAAAAUAAGAUUGUUAAUUGAACGAAUAAACGUAUCUAAGAUAUUUCAUUUGUAUAUAUUAUGCAAGAUAAUAAGGACUAAAAAAAAAACAAAUAUGAAUAUUAGCAACGCGACAGUUAACGACAACAACAACAACAACAAUAACAGCAGUAGCAGUAACAACAUAUCGUCGUUGUUCGAAAAGAAAAGUGAUUACGAAUGCGGUAACAAUUUGGAAUCGUUUCAUUUGAUAUACGCUCAAAUUCAUGGUUGGGCAAGCCUAUUCGUUUGCAUAUUCGGUUGUAUCGCAAAUAGUUUAAACAUAGCUGUACUUACGAGACGUGAUAUGAGAUCACCAACUAAUAUGAUAUUAACUGGUCUGGCAGUUGCUGAUUUAUUGGUUAUGAUCGAAUACGUACCUUAUGCUAUACACCUUUACCUUUAUCAUCGUUCAAGAAAGGAUACGUUUACAUAUGGUUGGGCAGUAUUCGUCCUGUUCCAUUCUAAUUUUGGUCAAGUUUGUCAUACCAUAUCUAUAUGUUUAACGGUGACACUUGCUAUAUGGCGUUACAUAGCCGUAGCACAUCCGCAAAAAAAUCACGAAUGGUGUAGCCACAGAAGAACGAUCAUAGCUAUAGUCGGUGCUUAUUUGUUUUGUCCCGUGUUAUGCGUACCAUUGUACAUAACCACGGAAGUACGUUCGCAGAUAGAAACGUUAAACGAUAAUAAUAAUAUUAAUUUGAGUAAAAUCAUUGUUAACGAUGUUGAUAAUCGUAACGAUACACAUCUAUACGAUACGGCAACUAACGUAACACUUUAUUUCGUUAGAUUAACCGAAACUGCCAGGGUACACGGUAUGUUAAAGGAAAUGAACUUUUGGAUUUACAGCGUGGUCAUCAAAUUGAUACCGUGUCUUGCAUUAACCAUAUUAAGUAUCAAAUUGGUUAUUGUAUUGCUCGAGGCUAAAGAAAGAAGAAAAAAACUUACUACGAAAACAUUGAAAAGUAAUAAUCAAAAAUUAAACGAUACAACUACGAACGAUACGACUACGAAAAUAAAAAAGAAAAAAUCUAAUAGGAAUAUGGAUAAAGAAAGGCAAACUGAUAGAACGACUAUGAUGCUAUUAGCCGUUCUACUUUUAUUCUUACUCACCGAAUUGCCUCAAGGUGUACUCGGUUUGCUUAGUGUCAUAUUGGGCUCGGGUUUCUUUCAUACGUGCUACCUUAUGUUAGGUGACGUAAUAGACAUCCUAACUCUAAUAAACUCGGCGAUAAAUUUCAUCCUUUAUUGCACGAUGAGCCGUCAAUUUCGUACGACCUUCAAGCAACUUUUCUGUACAAAGUGGAAAAAUCUUGGUAGAUGGAUGCCUAUACAACAGCUUCAAAUGGAUAACAAUGGUAACACAGGAACUACCAAUCAUACGGUGACACAGGUCACACAAGUCUAGCGUCGAAGAAUAAACCGUCAAACUUAUUGCUAUCCGUUAUAAUAAUCUAUAUAUAAAUAUAUUUUUUAAUUUUAUCUUUGUUUUUUUUUAGUUUUUUUUAUUAUAUAAAAUUAA